AUGACUUCGGAUCCGUCACGUCCUGAAGACGUGAUGCGAAUGUUUUAUGAUUAUGCCGAAAAAGAUGACAAUUUUAUGACACAAAUCGUUCUUAAUUUCGUUAAUUCGGCUGUGCAACGACAGUUAGGAAAAGUGGACUUUGAAUGGCUUUACGAAUUUAAGAGCUCUUAUGCGAAGUGCGAUGCAACACUUUUUACUGCAUUGGUACUAAUUAACAGAUUUAUAAAUCUCAACCCAAAGCCAUCUAUUUAUUACGAAUUAACUGCAACGGAGUUGUUUGUCGUUGCUACUUUGGCUGCUGCUAAAUUCCUACAGGAUGCAGGUUCAAUGGAUUCUGUUACUAAUCAAACCUUGUCGGAAAACCUAGACAUUGAGUUGAAGGAUAUAAAAAAAGCUGAAUUGGAUUUUUACAACGCUCUCAGUUGGAACUUAUUCGUAUCCAAUUCCGACUUUGUUGAAUUCGUUACUAUGAAGCUAAUAGCACCAAUGCGUUCUUAUCUUGAAUCCCGCAGCAGGCCUAAAGUCCGCCCUCGCAGAUCUGUUAGUCAGCUUUCAGCGAUUCAGCCCAACCACCUAACUACAAGAUACAUCCAGCGGAAUCGUGUUCUUCCCAAACUCCCUUCAGCUAGGGUACGUAAUAUUUUUUAA